ACUUGACGUCCGUUUCUAUGUUUGAAUGUGUUUAUGAUUGAUUCAAAAAACUUAUAUUUCAAAAGGAGGGCGUGACUGACUGAAUCUGUUUUAAUUUAAACAUUAAUUUCAAAGUAUAAUAAACAUAUUUCCCAACUCCAAGACAUAGUAGUAAAGCCUAUAGUAGAUUUGAUAAAUCAAAAUGAUAAUCAAAGCAUCAUUUUUAUUCGUCUUGUGUACUCUGCCGACAGUUUUUUGUGUGAGAUGUUACCAAUGUGCAUCGUCACAAAGUUUAGAAGAAGACGUCUGCGGCGCCUACAAAAAGUUCGAUACAGAUAGUCACAUAGCCGUAGAAUGUAACAGCGAUGAAUCUCAUAUGCCGGGGUCAUUCUGUAUGAAACUCACACAACAAGGCCCUAAAGGAUUUAUAUGGGAUGGCAGAUGGAGGCAGGUCGUCCGACGCUGUGCAUCAGUAGCAGAAACUGGAGUCACUGGUGUAUGUAACUGGGGGGUUUUCGAUAAUGGCGUAUACUGGGAAGAGUGUUACUGUUCGUCAGAUGAAUGCAAUCACUCUUCUUAUGUACAUACAUCUGUUACCUUGAUUGUGUGUGCCUUAAUAUUCUCCAUUUGCAGACAGUUAUUGUAGUUUUUACAGGUAUCAUGAAAAAUCAUAUUCUAUAUUUCCAAAUUCCAAUAUGGGCAGUCAUAUUAUAUAGUCUAGGAGCUAAAGGACAUAAUUUGAACAGUGGUUAAUCUAGAAUCUAGAUUAUAUUCUAUAGACUAUCUUGCCAACACAUAAUUUGGAACUGAUAAUAUGAUAGUGUUGCUAAGAAACUUAGCAAUCACAUAUGGAAACUGACUACAAAUUACAAUAACCUUAAUAUAUCAUCAAAAAAUCUGUUAUAAAUAUAUUAUUAUAAUUUUUUUUAUAUACAUAAUUGAAAAUAGAAUCUCAAUAUUCUUAAAUAUAAUGUGUUGACAUUGUGACUAAAAACCAUAAUUUUAAGCAUUCUUAUUAUUCUAAUGAUAUGACAAGAAAUGAAGAAAAGGUGAUAAUAUUUUACCCACUUGUGCCUUAAAAUAAACAUGUUUACACAGUUAAAUGUAAAAGUAACUUAAAUUUGUAUCAAAUCCGUCCAGAUAACUUUAUGUACAAAUAUUUACUUAUUUUUUUUACUUUAAGUAUUAUAAGUAAGUCUAAGAGGGUACAAAGGGGUAAAUAAUAUUUGUAUCAAGCUUUAGAUUGUGAUAAAGAUCUGUCAUACAUCUAUGUGUUUGUUUAGUAUUUUGUCCAUGCAACUGAUUCUAUUUUAAAAAGCUGAGGUUAAAAUUAUCUCUCUUUAAAGCUUGUUAUUUCAUUGACUUUGACAUUUCAUACAAGCUAUAAGUUUGUAAAAACUGUAAGUUAAGUAAUAAUAUGAGAAAGGUUCUUAUUCAUAGUUUUAUUUAUACUUUAAUAAUGCAUCUAAAUCUGUGGGCUCUUUGAUUACCCACUUUUGUUGCUAAUUAUUAUUUGUUAUAUUAUAUAGUAUAUUAUGUUUUUAUUAUUGCACUCUUAACUCUCUCUUGUAUAACUCUUGAAACUUUUUACUCAUAGAGGUUAAAUAUUUUAACUGUAAUCUACAAUCUAUUAGAUACUACAGAUUUUAGAUUCUUUAAUGUCUUUAUAGAUAAAAAUUUACUUGAAUCUCCAACUUUUUUUGUACUAUCUAAUCAUUUUAGUAUAAUGGUCCGUUUUUGUAUGUUUAUAUUUAAUAAACUGGCCUAUCCUUCAUUCGAUUUUAGUAAGCAUAUAAAUUAUGCGCAACUAAUGAUUAUUAUUAGUAUUAUGAUAUUCUAUCCAAUAUUUUAUCCCCCCCCCCCCCCCACCAGGUGGACUGACGACAUCAAGCGAGUCUCAGGGAUUUGUUGGAUGCAGGCGGCUCAGUAUCGUGAUGUUUGGAAGUCCCUACAAAAGCCUAUGUCCUGCAGUGGACGUCCAUCGGCUGAUAUGAUGAUGAUUAUGAUGAUCCAAUAUUUUGCCUAUUGAAUUGGACUAAUAAUAAUUUGCAGCUAGACUUAUAAUUUAUAUAAUUAUUCAUAGCUAUUUUAUACAAUUUAUUUUUAUGUAUUUGUGAAGAUUGUGAACUUAUGAUCUGGCAAGUUCGUGGAUAACACUCCCAAUGAUAUGCGGGCGACGGGGGGAAAGACUGCGCGGGUGUGAAAUCGUGCGUGCGGGGAAGUGACGUGCAUCAGUCGUGGGUUUUUCGUUCAUCGCUACACGCCCUCCGCCCCGCGCGCAACAUCGGGAGUAUUACGAAAGAAGUUGCUAAGCUAAAGCAAAAUCACGCUGCGAGUGCUAGACUCCACUAUGCGCCAAAUGUACUAUGUACCAAGUUAAUUACAUUUACAUAUUAAUUAUAUUGAAUUUUACCUGUUUUAAUUAAAUUAAUUUACCAGUAGGUAGGCAAUAGUAUCGAUGUAUUAAAAAUAAGUUAAUAAAUAUUUUUUAUUUUAA